UGUCAACAUACAGUAUUAUUCAAACUAAAUAAAUAUUUUACUAUAAUUAUAUACUUAGUUGUGAAUAAAUAUGGUUUAUAUUAUCUUGUUUACUUUUUGAAAAACGAUGCUAUCCGUUGCUGACCUUUUCAUAAAAUAAAGAUAAGAGGCUUAUUAGGAAGUAAAAAAAAAUAAAGGAAGAAUUGCGUUUCGUUACUUUAUCUACUUAUUUUAAUUAGGUAGACGUUUCUUCCUCUUCAAAAUCAUAACUUGUCCGGAUUUUAAUUUUGCACACCUUAAGAAAAAAAAAAAUUGUGUAUAAUAAGGUCUCAUGCUUCUGCACCACCCUCGAUCUAUAUAUUCUUACCCCAUUCUCUAAACACAAAUAAAUCUUCUUCUCUGUUCUUCGACUAUUGUCGCAUGAACCAAUACAAGCUCUCUGAAGUUUCCAAAGGCACAAAGACAGAAGAGAUCUAUCGGUACUUGCAAUCUUUCCAAAGAUAAAAUGGAGAUAGAGAAUGAUGAGAACGACACAACAUUGGUUGAUUCUGGAGGAGACUUCGACUGCAACAUAUGCUUGGAUCAGGUUCGAGACCCGGUCGUGACUUUAUGUGGCCACUUGUUUUGUUGGCCCUGCAUUCACAAGUGGACUUAUGCCUCCAACAAUUCAAGACAACGCGUCGACCAAUACGAUAGUAAGAGGGAACCACCAAAAUGUCCGGUAUGCAAAUCCGAUGUCUCCGAGGCUACGCUUGUUCCGAUCUACGGCCGAGGACAGAAAACUCCUCAGUCCGGUUCAACCGUACCGAGCAGACCAUCCGGUCCGGUUUAUGACUUAAGAGGAGUUAGUCAACGUUUGGGAGAAGGGCAGAGUCAACGGUACAUGUAUAGAAUGCCUGAUCCGGUCAUGGGUGUGGUAUGUGAAAUGGUAUACCGGAGACUAUUUGGAGAGUCUUCGAGCAACAUGGCACCUUACCGUGACACGAAUGUCCGGUCGAGGCGGCGGGCAAUGCAAGCUGAGGAGUCACUAAGCAGAGUCUACUUGUUCCUACUUUGCUUCAUGUUUAUGUGUCUACUUCUCUUCUAAUUAUAAUCUCUUCUCUUAAAAAAUAUAUAUGUAUAUAAUAUACCAAUUGGAAUGAGUAUGCAUAUAUGUAAUAACAGUGGUAUAAUUUGUAAGAGUCUUGAAUCGUUGAAAUUGUAUGAUGAGCACAUAAUAAAGUACAAAGAAAGAAACGACACCAA